GCACGCUCGCGUUCACGCGCUCAUAAGUUUGAAGCGAAGCCUCUCUCGGCUGAACUCCGGCAGCCCGUUAUUGAGCGAGACCGCGGUCGCUUUCGAUCGGAAAUCUAUAACACGCUUCCGCGGACGGCCGUCUUGCUAUGAGGACUUGAGGGAGGCGAUAAGCGCGCUGUCCUGCCUGGCUUAUUUGGGAGUUCUUCUCCCCCCCUCCCGUCCGAAUAAACGACAUCUGAGCGCGCGAGCUCGUCGCGAGAGGGGCAGAGGAAUGUCGCGCGAUCCGGACGAGGUGAACAAACUGACCGAGAGCACUUACAAGAAUGUUAUGGAACAGUUCAACCCCGGGUUGCGUAACCUCAUAAACCUGGGAAAGAGCUACGAGAAAGCGGUUUCAGCCAUGGUUCUGGCUGGGAAGCAGUACUUUGAUGCCGUAUCUAAGAUCGGGGAGAACGCAGCCGUAUCUCCAGUGUCCAGGGAACUGGGGGUCGUCCUGAUGGAGAUCUCAGACGUCCAUCGGAAAGUCAACAUGGAACUGGAGGAGAACUUCAGACGGUUUCAUCGGGAGGUUAUUGCGGAGUUGGAGAGGAAAACUGACAUGGACGUGAAGUACAUGACGGCCACGUUUAAGAGAUAUCAGACUGAACACAAGAUGAAGCAGGACUCUCUGGAGAGAUCGCAGUCAGACCUGAAGAAGCUCCGAAGGAAAAGUCAAGGAAAGAACGCUCCGAAGUAUGAGAGUAAAGAGAACGAGUGUCUGGAGACUCUCACUCACCGUCAGAUGGACAUGCAGAAGUUCAUCGCUGACGGCUGCCGGGAGGCUCUGCUGGAGGAGAAGAGGCGCUUCUGCUUCCUGGUGGACAAGCACUGCUCCUUCUCCUUCCAGAUCUCUAAUUUCCACGACAAGGCUCGAGAACUUCUGACGGAGAACCUGUCCACCUGGCAGGACAAAUGCGGCGACGCUACCAAUGUCCCCGAUAGUGUGAUGUCCAUGAUUGAAGGUCUGCGCACUCCGGUGUCCAACACUCCGCAGGCGUCUCCAGCCCUCCAGCGCCACAACAGAGCCAACUCGGACGCUAUGAUUCCAGCACCCCCAGCGCCGCCUCAGACGAGUCCCCUGGCCAACAUGUUCAGUCAAGAGUCCUCCAGGAGAGAGGAGAGAGACACUGACUACAACAACGAGGACAACGGAUUGUCCAGGUCUGUGUCGAUGGCCACUGGCCUCAAUCACAUAGACAAAAGACCCAAAGUGCGUACCAUUUUCCCCCACAAGUCUGGAAACAACAACACGCUGCUGAGUUUUGAAGAAGGAGACAUUAUCUCACUGCUGAUUCCUGACGAGAGGGACGGCUGGCUUUACGGAGAGCUGCAGAAAAACAAACAGCGGGGCUGGUUUCCAUCAUCUUACUGUCGCGCAUACACAGAGCUAGCGGUAAAUAACAGUAUUGCUGGAAAUCCUCCGAUGCGCAGUAAGAGCGUGGCCAACCUCAUGCAGAAGGACUCGGAGGACGACAUGAUGGUUCUGCCUCCCGCCGACUACAACGACUCACCCGUCAGGAGAAACUCCACCAAGAGCCUGAUGCAGACGUACACCUCCACAUACGAUAACCCGGCGCUGCCUCAGUCAAACGGCCUGCCAAAGCAUCCUAUCCUGGGGGGAGGAAAUCCAUUCGCUACCGUCAAACUUCGGCCCACAGUCACCAAUGACAGAUCAGCACCCAUCAUCUGAUCGACCCCGCGGAGACCCGCCGCACACACACACACACACACACACACACACACACACACACACCGUUCAACCACUAUUUAUGUAAGUCCCCUUUAAACCUCUCUCUCUCUCUAUGUAUAUAUAUAUAUAUAUAUAGAGAGAGAGAGAGAGAGAGAAAUCAUCGUUUAUGCAUUUAGCUGUAAUCAGAUGCUUCACUUUUGAGUAUCAUUCUGUAAAUACAUGAGAGAAGACACACUAGAUGGGAACCUGCUCAAGCAAGGAAAAGUCCUGAUGAUAGUGACGUGAACCCAAACACUGCUGACCCUCGAGCUGGUAACUAGUCAAGAUGUUUACCAGAGUUAGCUGGCUAACUCGCUCAGCUGGCAACACCGUCAUCUGCAGAAGCGCUUUUAGCUCCGUUUCCUUCUUUUAGAUCAGCUUUGCUUUUAUCAGCGUAGUCUUAACACUGAAUGAUACCGAUCCGUCGUCGCUCAGUGGAUGGGGAUUUCUUUAUCUUCCGCUGGGGGGAGACUAUUCACUUGGCUCUGAUUGUAUCGAUGCACUUUUCUGUUGAUGUUGGACUGAGAUCUUGUAGAUCACUGCUGUAUGAAAAUAAAAAUAUUUUGUUUCUA